AUGCCCGCCAACACCACCACCAGCCAAGAAGGCCCGGCCGUUGUCUGGAACGGUGGUGUUCACAUCACCGUAAACGCCGCCGCCCCUCCUCGCUCCACCUCGGCGGGCGGGGACCCCCCGCGCGCCAAGCCCAAGCCCGCCAACAAGCCGCGUCGGCGGAAGCGCCCUGAUAAGGGCAAAAAAAAGGCCGCAAUGGCCAAAAAAAGAGAGGAGGAGGAGAAGAAGAAGGAAGAGGAGGAGGCCGAGAAGGGUGCUGAGAAGCAGGGGGAGGCCGAGGGCGACAAGCCCAGCUCUGAGUGA